AUGGAAGGGGAGACGCGCAGUCUCAUGAAGUCGGAGCGUACAGCAAGCCGGGGCCAUCGAGCUGCACGGGUGGAAGACGAUAAGCUCACAGAAAGCAGGGUCGAUGAAUACCUAGGUGGCAAGGAGGUACUAUCCCUCGUGGACAUUGACAACAAAUGGCAAGACGUGGCUCUGUCUUCAUUGUGCGCGGUUUGCUGUGCGCUCCCAUUCGUCGGGUGUGUGUUCGCACCCGUUUGGAUGUGGAAAUACGGGGUCCGGCCAGCCUUCCACUGUGAAAACUGCUUCGGCGUGUUGAAUGAAGUCGUGUUGUGGCUGAUGGUCUUGGUCAUGCAGUACGACAGCACAAAGACUUGCCUAUUGUCAUAUUUCCUGGUAGACCAAGAUCAGGUCCGCUAUGCUGCACAAGUGUUUCAGACCACGCUAGUCGUACAAGCAUGUUGGAUCGGUUCGCUCUUCUGGCGCAUACUGGUUGUCGAAGCACUUGAUACAGGUGCCCAUGUGUCCAAGCAUAAGCUGAAAGCUCGAAAAGACUUCCGCAUUGAGAGCGAGUCGGCGGAGCAGUCGAAGGUGAGUUCUUUGCUCGAAGCCUUGCAACGAAAAGUUGAGGCUUUUGAUGAGCAGCAGCAGCAUCUGUUCGGCAUCACGAUCACUGCCAACCUGCGGAAUAGCUGGGUGGCGACGCUCUGUGCAACAGGUCUGACCACAGCGUGGCAGAUGCUCCGCCCACAGGUGAAGGACUUCACUUUCGACACAAUCCAGGACAGCCUAGGGCGGCUUCCCGUUCCAGAUUGGCUGGAAAGCUUCGCCGUGCAAAAGCUGGCUUGA